AUGCUGCUGCGCGUCCGAGGCAACGGCGCCUCGCCGGAGAACUCGCAGGCGGCGCUGGUGUACCUGCGCGGUUUUCGUCGCACGAACACGCGGCCCCCGUCCGGCGUCUACUCCCUGGGCGGCGUUGCGCGGCCGCUGCUUUACCCGCAUUUCCAGGUGGGCAUUGAAACCCCCGCGGCGGCCGCGGAUGCCGAGCUGCAACGACACCUGCGUCAGGUCGUGUGGAAGGAGCUGUGGAACGUGUACGACAUCGUCUACGAUGAGCUGCGCCUCUUCCCCGACGCGCAGCCCACGGCGGCCCUUCUUGCUUCUUCUGGCAGUGGCCCGGCAGAAGGUGUUGCCGGGUUUACGCGACUCACGGCGCGCGGUGGGGGUGAGAUGGCUGUGGUUGUCACACAUCACUUCCCAGCGGGCGAGGUGCCGCCUGUCGCCCACGACGUGCCUGCGCCAGGGCCGGUGGCGGUGGUGGUGGUGUUGGACGUCUCGGAUCUGCCGCUGGCAGAUGCGGCCACGAGGGUUGCGGCGGAGGUGGCGUGGCUGGCGGGCUACGCGUCGAUGCAGGGGGCACUGGCCCACGCUUCGCACGUCGUGGUGCGACUUCCGUACACGUGCGACAUCUCCACGGAGGGGAACCGCAGCCCCCUGGUGCAGGAGGGGCUCGACUUCAUCGGUGAGCACAUCGCCCUGCUCGCGCAGAGCUUCGCGCGGGCGACAGGCGACUGCGCGCCUCCGUCAGUGGAGACGUGUUUUGUUGGGGCGAGUGCCGCGCAGUUGCAGGAGACGCUGGGCCGCCUCUGUGCGUCAACGCACGCGCCUAGUCGCACGGAGAGGGGUGUGCCCCGCGAAGGCGUCCGCCUCUUCGCCGGCGAUCAAUACCCGCAACAACACUCUUCGCAGAAGAUGCAGGUGCUGCAGGCCAUCGCAUCAGCGAUCGGCGUCGACGUGUCUUUUGAGCCGGUCCCACUAAAGAGUCUUCUGGACGGCGCUGAGGAGCCGUGGGAUGCGUCCACCACGCGGGAAAAUCAGGUGCUGAACUUCUGCCCCUGCUGUGGACACUGCGGCAAUCACUAG